CUAUCAAAUAUAUAUCGAUCAUCAACUCCACAUUGAUAAUUAUCAACAAAGCACAUCAACCAUGGCCACCCCCAAGAAAAUUUCCUUCAACUUCCCGAAAUUCACCCCAGGUGACGCAAAUAUAACCCUACAAGGUGGUGCCAAGAUUUUAGAUAAUGGGAUCUUGGCCCUGCCUGAUGAUACAUCAAUUGAACAAAGCCGUGCUUUGUACACAACGCCUGUGCCCAUCUGGGAUUCUACCACUGGCGAGGUUGCAAGCUUCGUCACCUCCUUCUCUUUCAUUGUGACUGACAUUCCAAAUCGUUAUCCGGCUGAUGGACUUGUCUUCUUUUUGGCGCCAUUUGGGACUCAGAUUCCCAACAAUUCAGGUGGAGGGGCGCUCGCUAUAGUUGAUCCCAACAAUGCCUUCAAUCGGUUUGUUGCAGUGGAAUUUGAUAGCUACAUCAAUAAUGAGUGUGACCCGAGUUAUAAUCAUAUUGGAAUUGACGUUAACUCCUUGAUUUCGUUGAAGACUGUGAAAUGGAACAGAGUGUCCGGAUCGCUGGAGAAAGUAAGUAUAAUCUAUGACUCUCUAGCUAAGACAUUGAGUGUUGCUGUGACUCAUGGGAAUGGUCAAAUUUCCACCAUUUCUCAAGUCAUUGAUUUGAAGGCCGUGCUUCCUGAGAAAGUCAGUGUUGGUUUUAGUGGAACCAUCUGUGACGGCAGGGAAAGACAUGACAUCUUUUCAUGGUCUUUCACUUCAACCCUGGCUUGAACAUCGAUACUGCCAUGGAGUGAUUAGAUGUUGUGAACGUCAGUCGUAUAUCUAUCUAAAAUAAGCACCAUGCAUACAUGCAUGAGCAAGGUUCAUUUAUGUUUGUUUGUGUUGAUGUUAUCGUCUUGUGUUUUGGUGAUUUGAUAUCGGUGAAAGUUUCCUAAUUGAGAAGGUUUGUUCUCAAAGUUCAUAUAUAUAUAUAUAUUUGUUGCAAAUAAAAUGGAUUGCUACUUUAAAAAGGAAUGAUCAUUUCAAAUUUUCCUUUAAA